CUAAUUGGCGCAAAAGGGAAGAUUUUGUGGCCAACGGAAGAACAUCUUACCGGCCGGAUGACUGACCUGUCAGCUGCGCUUUGCCACAGUUGUCGAAUUUCUUCCGCUCGGUGCUGUCGUACAUUCGUGUUUUUGGCCCAGAAUGCAACUAUCGUGCAGGGGCCUUCUUUCGUUCGUGCUGGUGUGCAUUUUCGCUAGCCAGCUUGCGCAUUCUGCCACCGACAGCGAAGACAUCGAUGAACGUCUGGAACGUGCCAAACGAUGGCUCAACUAUCCCAUCAACGGUGGACUAGCGAAGGUUGUGCUCGGUUUUGUAGUGCCCAUUUUCUUCCGCCAUCCACUGCCACGGGUCAUCGUGAACACGUACAAUCUGCAGGCUAACUAUCGCAUACCGGCCACCAUCAUUUAUCCACACCCCGAAUCGGUGUUUAAAAACCGUGCCCUAGUAGACGCAACCAUGUCCCGAACAUCCGAGCCCUGGCCGGCGAUCGAUCAGAGCCGGCGACAAUUUUUCGCCCUGCUCGAGCACGGCAUGUCCCGGUGGGGUCGUAAUGGGCGGGCGUGUUUGUUACGGGCCGUGUGUGAGGUUGCUGAAACACCGCUCAAACACAACGGAUUGAUUGGCGAAAUAAUCGAUGUGAUUUUCACCCCAGCACCGACGGACCCACUCGAUCCGGACUAUCUGGUGGCACAAUCACACGGCCAGCAAGGACGUGACUGCACCGAGCUAUAUUCUGCCUGCCCGGAUGGCCAAGGACUGUUUGACAAUUUUUCCUUUCUAGUGGCAAACCAACCACAAUCCUCACCGGAACAAUGA